UGAUUGCCUGGUCAAGGUCGCUUGGUGACCUCUGCUGUUUACUAAUCAAAAUACCAAACAAGCUGCAAAUUCGUUUACCUCUAACUCGGUGAUGCUAACAAAGCGAUGGAGCAUACUCUCACAAUAAAACAAAAUUAAUUCGGAAAAUGACAUUAUUAAAAGUAGAUUUAUAGUGCACGCAAGCGUCUCAUCCAAUCACAGCUCAGCUCCAUACACAUCAAGGACAUUGACGUCGUCUACCGAAACAUUAGAAGCGGCUUUUAAGGGCAUAAAAGGAUCUCAGGAAUUUCACUUCUACAUGAAGUGAAUGUAAAAGGAUUCCAUACGUCAUGAAUGAUUCAAUCUGUUCUAAUUAUAGCGAUAAACGAAGGCGGCUUGUACAUUGGGGUCCAAUAUGUACUCUCUGGAUCAUAUUUUUCAUCACUUUCAGUAGCUUGUGGAGUGUUCUGCAAGUAUUACCUCCAUUUUCCUCAAAAUUUGGCCUGAUAUUAUCUAUCUGUAUUUGUUCGUGUUUUUAUGUGACUUUAAAGUCUUAUUUUUGUGCAGUAUUCGUUGGUCCAGGGUUUGUUCCUUUUCAGUGGAAGCCAUCUGACCGUACAUUUGAAGAAAAACUUCAGUUUUGCAAUGUGUGUAAGGGCUUUAAACCUCCUCGAGCACAUCACUGUCGAUCUUGUGACCGGUGUGUUAUGAAAAUGGAUCAUCAUUGUCCUUGGAUAAAUACAUGUUGUGGUCAUCUUAACCACGGAUACUUUCUAAUAUUUUUGUUAUCUGCCCCAUUUGGAUGUAUUGCUUCUGGUGUGGCUUUAUCAGUUUCCAUUUACAGAAAUCCAGCAUUUUUCCCCAAUGUACUUUUACGGAGACCGACAUCAAAUAUUUUCUUCUUCAUAGCUGAUCUAUUUAUCACAUUGUUUGCAUUGGGUUUGGCUAUUGGAGUGACGCUGUCCGUUGGAAUUUUAGCGAUUCUUCAGUUGAAAGCCGUUUCACGUAAUCAGACAGGAAUAGAGUCAUGGAUCGUGGCUAAGGCAAAAGUUUGGAGGAAUGAUUUAGGAGAAGAGCAACCGUUCCGUUACCCGUAUGAUCUCGGAAUUUUUGAAAAUUUUCAACAGGUGUUUUCACGUUCUGACAGUUCUAUGAAUGAUGGAUACUACUGGCCUGUUUUAGAAGGAUGCACUCAAUUUGAUUUGACGAUGGAGCAAAUUUACCAGAAGAAACUAAAGCAACAAGUUCGGCGCAUCUUCACAAUUACUAAGGCAUAUGAUGGAAGUUGGUGUAUGUGCUUUCGUUAUGGUUGCUUGACUGUAAUUCGUUCUCCAUAUUUCGAAGAGCGAAGAAUAUCAGUCAGUGUAGGCGAUACCCUGCUAGUGACAAGGAAAACAAAAUACUGGAUAUAUGGACAGUUGGUUCAAUCUGAAAUUCCUAUUCAACAUUGUGUGGGUAAAUAUCCAGCAUCUUUUCAAAUUUUGUUUGUAUUUCCUUACCCAUUUUAUCUUCAUUUGUUUUAGAAAAAAAAUUAAAAACUGACAUAUUUUCUACUCAUGUAAAAUUAUCUCAACGAACACUUAUUACUUGAUGUAGAUUUUUUGGAGUUUUUUUAUUAAUUGAAAGGUAUAUUUCCUCACGAACCACAGUCUCUCUUUGUAGUCAGAAGGUCCUGGGUUCGAACCCCGAUGGGCGUAUGCGGAUGAAGAGUGCCAAACUAGGACGAAACAACUUUCUAGUACUCCAAGGAUUUCCAAUGGCUCUCUAACCGUUGUCAGCUCACGAUGAAAUCCUAAAAUAAAGUGAUUAUUAUUAUUAUUAUUAUUAUUAUUAUUAUUAUUAUUAUAAAUAUUUGUCGGAUAAUCAGAGAAGAACAAAAAGGACUGGACGAGUGCUUCUUCUUAGUUCCAGACCAUUCAGGAAUGCGCAACCGUCAACCUACAAGGGAUUGAACUCAACACCAGGUUAACAGGCGAGGCAACUGACCAUUUACCCAUUGGGUUGGCAGUCAAGCACCUUGACUACUGCUGAAUCUAUAACAGGUGUUUGUUUGUGAUGUAAUCUAAACUAAAAAUGAUGAGAAUCCGUAGGGACCGAAGAUCUGAUCCCUAAUAUCCAGCUGUUCAGUGGAUGUAGGGCAGAUGUUCUUAAGUUGUAGUAGGAUGUUUUGGCCGGCGGUGUUCUCCAUAUCAGGUUGAAGGGAAUGAAAAUCCGUGGUACUUGUUGUCAAUGGAGUUGUAUCGUCAAUUGACAGAAGUUAGGACUUGCACGUGAUUGAAUUCUUAUAUAUAUAUAUAUAUAAAUAUAUAUAUAUAUUAUGCAAAUUCGUUGGCUAAUGAAACCCAUUAUUGUUGGGAAGUGAUGUAUUUCAUCGCUAUAAGAUAGUUCAACAGUGUUAUGUGGUACAUCAGUCAUUUUGACUUUAUAUCCAGGGUUUCGUGACUGUAGUUAGAGUGAUUAUGUUAAAUACCGGUAUUCUUGAUCUACUGUCGGAUAAUCUCAGUUCUUGUAGAUUUUUCCAGAAUGUUGUUCUUGAGUUUAUAUAUUUGGCUGAAGACCCAGGUAUCAGGCUUAACCUACUUUACGCCAAUUGCUUCUAAGUUGUUCACCUGCUGAGAAUUUAUUUAUCUGAAGUGCUUUCCCGUUAUUUUUUUUUUCUAGGAAGUCCAUUGAAAAUUCGUGG